AUGAAGCGUAAACAUAUUCGUAAUUCUGGAUCGCUGUCAUCCAUAUCGUCGGCUCCAGAUCAGUCGUUCUUGGAUAAAAGGGAAAACAGUGGUGGCAUCAUCACAAAAUACACUUUUCUUGCUGCGGAUGAAAAUAGUGAUGAUAAUAAGACUGGCGUUGUGGAAAGUGAUCGGCAGGAUAUCCAGGAGAAUACAAGAAUUAUUACAUCCACUACUGCUAAAAGUGCUACGGAUGAAGCUAUGAAUCAGUAUCAAAGUCAUGGAUGGCAAAGGGCAGUAUAUAGAAGAAAUGAAGGCUUGGAAAGAGAAGACAUAGGUGAAAGCCAUGUACUUUGCAAAGAAGAGGAAAUGCCAUCAGGCGGAAUGAGUGGGCAGCUGUUCAAGGUUAAGGAAAGUGAAUACGAGUUGGAACUGCUGACUCCAGUGAUUUCGGAAAUACCAUCAGCAAAAAAUGUCAUGGAACCAACAGUUCUUACACGCCGCUCCGAAGUUACCGUGAAACCGGUAGUAUCCAGCAAAUCAAACGCAAAAACUGAUUUGCGUCAAAUGCACAAUUCCGAUUUGGAGAUCCCGGUUCUGAUACACUCCGAGGCGCUCUCAUCAAUGAAAGAUUGGAAGUCUGAAACUUGUGUUGCCGAAGGUAGCUUUUUAAGCUUUAAGUUCUAA